CGGCGUGCUGAGACGCUCACAGUCAGACCAAUAUGCGGGUAUAUAAACCCACGACGUAAACAAUUACGGCAGAUAGACCGAGAUAUCGGCAAGACUUGUGCGCGCCUAAUCAAGCUGAUAAGGACAUAGGGAGAAGGAUCAAGGAGAAAACAUGGGCUCUGCUGCAGCGGUAUUCAUAUUUGCCAUCUCAUUUCUGAUGAUGGAGUCCGUGGAGAUGCAGAACGCACGACUAGAAAGCCCAGAUUGCGAGAAUAGCGUCGAUUGGAAAGUUGAAUGCCCCAAUAUUGUGAAGAACUGGGGCGCGAGGGUGUGCAUUUCCAAUAACCCCCAUUUCCAGGAGGUCGCCAAAAACUGCAAAAAGUCGUGUAAUUUGUGCCCAGGACAAGGACGGUCCGCGGCCCCGACAUUAAGUUGCGAGAGAACGCGCUACGGAUGUUGCUGGGAUAGAAAGACAGUCAGAGAGGGAUUCAACAACGAAGGCUGCCCGAGAUGUUUGGAUGACUACCCUCACGUGUGCCACGAGUUCCGCUUCCUCUGCGACUAUCGCUCCAAGCACGCCGAAUCCUUCCACGUCAGCUGCCCAGUAUCAUGCGGGCAGUGCACUCCAAAACUGAUGGGGGGUGUGGACCGUACCAAACACGAAACACUUAUAGGUAUCUUAGCUAGAGUGGCACGGCGAAAACACCACAGGCUUAUGAAGAAGAUGAAAAUGACUUAACCUUGAGGGACGGCCAAAACAAAGGAAGAAGAAAGAGGUCAAAGAGGUAUAGAGGAAACAGACGAUCACAAAACGAUUCGAGUAUUCUGUGACAUAAACUUUGGGCUACGUGACCCUUUGAGUCCUUUUGAAAGAGGCGUAGCCCUUACCCCAAGUCUUAGCCCGAUCAAAUAUAACAGAUCUGUGAUAGGCAGGACUGGAAUCUGUUUCUGACGGUAGUCACUAAUUUGACUGUUAACAUCGAUGUUUUAGUUUUCGCAGAAUACUCAAAUCGUCCAAAUGGCGAGUCCUGUUUGUAAAUAUUUGAACGAACUAUGUGAAAGAACGUUUAUCAGAACACACAAACGGUAUAUCACCGGUAACUAUCAUUUUCCUAACACUGCUAUAUGUCGUCCACAAACAUUACAAAGUAUGCUAAUGACAAGUGAAUUAGUUUUUUACAAUGCCAAUUUUUAAUAAAGCAUAGCCCAAGUCCAGUCUCACUCAAGAAAUAAAACUGGACUGAUUUCAUCGCGCGACCAUUUUUAAUGUAUAUACAUCUCAAAGUGGCUGUCCACAAAAAAGAUAUUUCCAAUGCUAGAAAUGUCACGUAUAUUAACUGUGCUUCGGAAAGUAGUCGAUCUCAAAAGUCUGGCAUUUCUAACAUUGGAAAUAUCGUUUUAGGUAGGGAAACUUUUUUACUGUUGUAAGAGUUCCAUUCUUUCAAUAAUAAAAGAUAUGUAGGGGUAGCAAA